AUGUCUGUAAUCGUAUUGCCCGGCCAGGAGCUGACGGCUGAUCAGCUGCCUUCCCAAAACACCAGCCGCACGUUAACUCUGGGUCCUGGACUGCGACACAUCCCGCCUGUCACGAUUGUCGCAACUCAAGCCGGAGAACUAUGCACCGAUUCCAAGAAGAAUGCCAUCUGGAUUGAGAAUCUUGGAGGCCGCUACCUACCUCACACUGGCGAUCUCGUUGUCGCCACUGUCCAACGCUCAUCUGCUGACACAUACCACUGCACUUUGACGCCGCAUACGCCUUCCGUCUUGCUCGGCCAGCUCGCCUUUGAAGGUGCCACCAAGAAGACCAGACCCCAACUCACCCAGGGAGCUCUUGUUUAUGCUCGCGUUUCCAAAGCCGACAAGUGGAGCGACGUCGAGAUCGAAUGUGUCAACCCUUCUACUGGAAAGUCUGACGGUCUCGGUCCGCUCAAAGCCGGCAUGCUCUUCGAUGUUUCGCCUGCCUUUGCUCGCCGCUUGAUGAUGGGUGCUGGAAAGGGUGGUGUCGUUCUGCUGGAAGAGAUUGGCGAGAAGGUCAGAUUCGAAGUUGCUGUCGGAAGAAACGGAAAGGUCUGGGUGGACAGCUCGACCCUCGCCGAGACUGUCGCUAUCGGAAGAUGCUUGACAGAAACAGACGAGAAGAAUCUGGAUCUUCAGGCACAGAAGAAGCUUGUCAACAAGCUUGUGAAGACCGUUUGAGCUCCGAUCCAUGGAUCAAGGUUAUGAUCAACAAAUGCCUGCUGCUUCGGUAGCAGCCUCUUCGCGCCUGCUGGCCUCACACUACAUGCUCCGCGAACCAGGGCUCUUUUUCGGCCGACAUAUCGCGCCAGGUCUCCAAGGAUUCACGGCACGAAGCAGAUGAUACAGCCGUAGGAGGAGUUGGGCUCAGAAGAAGCUUCGCUGCCACGUCCAGCGAUACAGUACAUACAGCUUCCGAGAAGUCAUCACAGGCCCUCGCACUCACCAAGUCUCACGCAGCGCGGGUGAGAGAUGGUAUGCCGAUAGUCGAGCAUACACAUCUCAAGGUCAAAUUCAAAUCAAGCGCAGACUCUUGCAAUCGAAUAAGAAACCUUCCAUUUGCACAUGUUCACCACU